AGCAACAACACCCGACCUCCGCAAUUUCGCAUAGGUGUGGGAGUGUGUGCGAAAAAAAGAGCAGAAAAAAGGACGAAGCGAAGGCAACGCGCGCGCGCCUUCACUGUGUGAGUGUAAAAUGCGUGGGUGUGUGUGAAAGGUGUAAAAAAUGUACAUUUUGUGAAUUGGCCAUAUAAAAAAGAAGAAAAGGAAAAAUAGAAGAGCAGAGAGAAGAGAAAAAGAGUAACGAGUGUAACCGAAAUAUAACAACAACAACAACUAACGUAACGAAAACGACGACAACCGUUAUAUUUAGCCGCCGCCGAAUCCAGUUAUACGACCUACUAACACCAACGCACAUUACGCACAAAUGUAGCCAAAGCUCUUUGCUGCUGGUUGUUGUUGCUGUUGUCCUGCUGUUAUUGUUGUUGGCGAAUGAAGCAAUUUUGCAACUAAACAAAAUGCACACAGAUCUCGAUAUCGGUAACAAUAUAAAUCACAGCAAGUGCGCAUUGCCAAUGCGCCGUCAGCAGCAACAGCACUUUUAUCAGCACACAACUCGCCCACCCACGCAGUGAAUUUAAUUAAACUAAUAAUUAUAACAAACACCAACAAAAUAAACAACAGCAAAAAUCUGUCAAGAAGAUCAAGUAGCUUAAAAAGUUUAAAUAAAUUUAAUUGCAUACAAAAAUAAGUUGCUAGAAAAAGUGCUCAAAGUGAAGAGAGAAAAAAAAAAUUAAAGAAAAAGACACCCUUUUGUGACGGGUGUGUGCGUGUGUAUGUGCAAGUGUGUGUAGGUGCUCGAGUGCGUGUGCGUGAGGAGCUGCAGCCGUCGUCGUCGUUGCUGUCGUCCUCGUCCUGACUGGAGCCCCGAGCCAAAGAGGCGUCACAACGUCGUCGUCAGCAAAACCCACGACAUCAGCCGCUGCUGCCGCCGCCGCCGCCGCCGUGUCCAAGGUAAAAACACAGCGUCAAGCAUCCACGCAGAGUCCACCACCAGGAGGAGCAGCAGCAGCAGCAGCGGUAUCAACAGCAUCAGCAACAGCAACAGCGACAACAGCACGCAGCGGCGGACGCAGCGGCCAUCGGCGUCGUAGUAGCAGCAGUAAUCCAAACGCCGGCAACACGAAAGCGACCAGCGGCAGCGGUGGAGCUGGCUGCGCCGGCGUCGCUGGUGGCGGUGGUGGUGGUGGAGGCGGUGGUGGCGGCGGCAUUGGAGUUGCUGGAGGCGGCGGUGGCACAGCCAACAUUAAGCAAAGCGUCAGUCGCAAUAGCAACAUACGCAGCAGCUCCUCCAACAGCACCAUGGCAUCGGCCAAUCAUAGAGGCGGACGCGGCGGCAUCGCUGGCGCCGGCGCUGGCGCUGGCGAUGGCAAUGCGGCUGGCUUGCUGUUCGGCUCCGCCUGGUUUCAGCGCAAAAUCAAUCUAAGGCCGCAGCAUCGCGGCGUCCAUUUGGUCACCGAAGAGAUACUUAGACAAAUGCCGGAGCUGAUGCAAUUCUCUGUGGGACUAUGUCACAUGCAAAUACUUCACACCUCGGCGAGUUUAGCGUUAAACGAGAGUUGGGAUCCAGACGUCAGAGACGAUAUGGAAAUGAUGUUGAAUAAAAUAGUUCCCGAAGGUUUGCCCUAUAGGCAUUCGUGCGAAGGACCCGACGAUAUGCCCGCACACGUGAAGGCCUGCUUUCUGGGCAGCUCACUGACAAUCCCCAUUACCGAUGGCAAACUCUCGCUGGGCACCUGGCAGGGCGUUUGGCUGUGCGAGCAUCGCGAUCAGGCCGGCAGCCGUAAGCUGGUGAUCACACUCACUGGCUGUCCGCGCGAACAGGCUGUACGCAGUCCGCUGUCACCCGUCUCGCCCAUCGCCAGUACGUCCAGUUAGGGGCGGCCUCGCUCCACCCGCGACAGCCGGUAAUCGCGGGGGAGCGACAAUAAUGACAUCAUUUCGUCGAGGAAGUUGAUUUUACAAAAGAAUUUAGCUAGGGCCACAGCACAGCAGCGAGCGGCGGCAGUUAUAGCCGCCGGACAUGGUUUAAUUGGAGCAACUGCAUCCGUUGCGGCACCGGCGCCACCCGGCGCUGUGCCCAUCGAUACGAAGACGCAGCGUUUGCUGUUGCGGCAGCGUUUACAUUUGAAUUUGAAUUUGAAUGUUACCGAAACGCUGCAGGAUGGCGUUGAUAUUGAUGAUGUUGAUGAGGAUGUCUGCGACGACGACGAUGAUGACAAUGGUACUGAUGAUGAUGUGGAUGACAAUAGGACUGCAUCCACUGAUGAUCGAACCGUUGUCAUUGUUGACAACGUUGUGGAUGUCGUCGAUGCUCAGGGCAGUGGGCGUCGCCGUGUUGGUGAUAAUCUACAAACCGUCACAACAGUGCCUCAAACCAAACAACAACAACUAAGACAUAAGAUCACCGCAGCAACAACAACAACAACAGAAACAGAAACAACAACCAGCUCAUCAACAGCAUCUAGCGCAUUAGCUAAAUUCAAUCGUAUACUCGAGUCUGCUAAACUGGAACCACAUCGGGCCUCGUCUGCGUUCAGUAGCGCAACGCUGCAGCAACGCCUGGCGCUGGCCUAUCCAGAGCUGCAACAGCAACAACAUCAUCCUCAGCAGCAGCAUCAGCAGCAACACGAGUUGCGACAAGUCGACAACCUCCCACGUAGCACUAGUCGUGGCAUUGCCGUCGUUAGCACCCCAUUAACAUUGCAAGCACUAGACACAAUAAAAACCAAGACGACGGCAAUGUUAGAGCAACAACAGCAACAAUUGCUGCAACAGCAGCAACACGACGCCGCUGAUUAUACGAAACGAAAUGAUGUGCAUUAUUUGUUGAAACAGUUAAAUAGUUUUAGUGAUAUAGAAGAAAUAGAAAUUGUUGAUAUGAAGCAAAGACAGCAGCGACAGCAACAGCAGCAGCAGCAGCCUCAGCAACAGCAGCAACAUCAUAAAAACCAACAGCAGCAGCAGCUAGAACAACAACGCACAAGCAGAUCCUCUGCAGCUGCCGCUGCGCCUGCGCCUGCCGCUGGCUGCUCCAGCUCCUUGGAGCUGAUGCCCAUGUCCCGUUCCAUGUUGCCCAUCGCCUUGGGCUCGCCAUCGACACAGUCGCACAAGGGCAACUUUAUGGGGCAUGCUGGCGACAGUACGACACGCUUGCAGUUCGAUGAUUAUUUGUUCGAAUCGUGUCAUUAUCUGGAGACAAACUAUUUUGCCGCUACCUAUCGCACUGCCAUGGUCGAGAGCAGCUCGCACGAGUUCCGGCCCUCGACCACAACGCCGACGAGCACACGGUCGGACAGCUUUGAGCUGCACGAACUGGAGCCGCCGAGCGUAAUAUGCAAGGCGGCACCCAUGCUGGACUAUCAUGCCGCAUCGCCGCCGCCCUAUCAGGCGGAGGUGCGCAUGACCAGCAGCGGUGUCCAGACGGAGCUGACAGUCGAGUCGCAGCUGAGUCAUAGCGGCAGCUCUAGCUCAGGCAGUUCGCCGCAUGUGCCGCCCUUUUUCAUAUGCUGCUACACGCCCAUCGAUCGUUGGCGGGCAAGGCGAAUGGGCGCGGCUAAUGCCGCCAAGCGUGAUAAUCCAGAGAAAAACGGGCAUGCUGUCUGACAGUAAAUGAAUUUAUACAAAUAACUCAAAAGCGAUACUAACUAAGCGUCAGCUGCGCUGUUUCAUUUGCGAUAUCAACAAACGAUUCCAUUUCGAAGACAGUCAAUACACAAAACUUCGCCUAAAAUUCAUUUUGAAAAAGUUUAAAACAAAAACAUGUACAUUUUUUUAUACACACUCACACACAUACCAAACAUUCGCACAUUUUUGCAAUACACUCAACAACAAAAAAGAAGAUGAAGAAAAUAUAAAACAUUUUGAUAGACUUCAAAUUAAAGAUAAAUUUAUUGAAAAGAGUGAAGAGUAAACUCAUUUGGAAAUGUAAAAAUAAUGAAAUGAAAAGCAAACUUCAAGCAUGUCAUCAUAAUUAUAAAUUGUAAUUGAAUUGUUUCAAUCCAAUAAAAUACUAAAUAAAAUUUCAAGCAAAAUCGAAAAUUGUUAACAUAUGCGCAAAACAACACAGAAAUUUGUAGCCAGCUAAAUGAAGUUGAGAAUUGUGAGAGCUUGUAUAGUAAGUUGUUUAAUAAAUAAUAAUAAUGAAAGCUAAAUAAGUAUAUAAACUGAACGAAAGAAACGCACAGGCUGAAAGUUCUUUCAAAAUUUGUUUUUUUUUUAUGUAAAAUUCUAGGGAAGGCAAGAAGAGUGAAAGUGUUUAACAGAAAGUUUUUUGAUAUUAAAAAAAAAUAUUGUUUACUCAUUUUAAAUGAGAAAUACAAAAUUCUUUAAAAUUCUGGCGAAGAUGAACAUUUCAGCAUCAACUGUGCGUUUCGUAGUCAAAAGUUAUGCAUUGAGUUAUUCAUAAAACCAAGCAAGAAAUGCAAUUGUUACAAAAAUUAACACUAUAGAAUAUUAAACAAUUGUGUUUUAACACCAUCUCGCUAAUAUCAAAAUUAUAUUGCAUAGUUUUUGGCACAGUAAAGUAUGCUAUAAAUAUAAUGGCGGAAUGUGUGAAAUCGAAACAUGUUGGAAUCUCGUUUUUAUGAUCAAUUUGUUGUAUAUGUUAAUAUAAUUUGUAAGCAUCUUAACGAAGAGCAAAGAAAAAAUCAACUGGAAUUGUUCGAGCACAAGCAGCAACUGCUUUUAGUUUUCGUUUAUUUAAAUUUUCCUUUAUCUCUCUCUCUCUCUCUCAUCAAUUGUGAACCCAAUGGAAAGCAAUAUUAGUUAUUAAUAUUCUGAUGAAAAAGAAAAAGAAAAAACAAAUCAUGUGUAGAAUUUGGUCAAUUUGGUUGGAAAUUAAAGGAAAAUAAAAGAAGAACACAAUGUAAGCUAAACUAUUCCAUUAAUUAAUAACUAAUACAUAGACAUAAUAUCACUAAGCUUAACAAACAAAGAUACGCGCUUUAGUUGGAAACAAAAUAAAACAAGUUUGAAACAAUAAAAUAUUAAACAAAUUUUUGAUCAAUUA